CGGACACACCUGUUCGCAGCACCGCCCCCCUCCCGCUCCCGCUCCCCUUGACCUCCAGGCUUUGCGGGGGCCCCAGGAGUCUGGGCAACCCUGCUCCCCUCCCACCCACGCCUGGCCCUCCCCGCCUUGCACUGUUGUUCUGGUUGCCGGGGUGUCCUGUGCUGGUGACCGCUUGACGAGGAUGAAAGUGACUGUCUGUUUCGGGAGGAUGGGAAUUGUGGUUCCCUGCAAGGAGGGGCAGCUCCGUGUCCGAGACCUCACCCAGCAGGCUCUCCAGCGCUACCUCAAAGCUAAGGAGAAGGAUCCUGGAGAUUGGGUGAAAAUUCAUCAUUUGGAGUACAUGGAUGGAGGAAUACUAGACCCAGAUGAUAUAUUGGCAGAUGUUGUUGAAGACAAAGAUAAGCUGAUUGCAGUGUUUGAUGAACAAGAAUCAAUUAAUAAGGUUGAGAGCCCUACUGGAAACUUAACAGAAAGUCACAGCCCAGAUUCUUUUGAUACAGAAGUGGCUAACCAGCUGGCUGCCUUUAAACCCAUUGGUGGAGAAAUUGAAGUAACUACUUCUGCUCUGAAAUUAGGCACACCACUGUUAGUGAGGAGGAGCAGUGACCCAGCGCUGAGCCCACCUGCUGACUCCCAUCCAGGUGCUUCACACCCCAGUGACCAGAAUCUGAAACCUGUUGUACCAGGUUCACCACAGAGUUUGGAAGAUGGGGAAGUCAUGUUUAGUGGACAGCCAGAACUGCUGACAUCGCAAAAUGCUAAACACACAUCCAGGAUUCUAGGGCUCUUUAUCCGGGGUAUUGAGGAAAACAGCAGGUCUAAACGGGAUGGACUAUUUCAUGAAAAUGAAUGCAUCAUAAAAAUCAACAAUGUGGAUCUCAUAGACAAAACCUUUGCUCAGGCUCAAGAUGUCUUCCGUCAGGCGAUGAAAUCCCAAAAUGUGCUCUUACAAGUACUUCCACCAAACAACCGUGAACAGUAUGAAAAGUCAGUCAUUGCACCUCUCGGAAUUUUUGGUAAUAGUGAUGUUGCUUCGAGAACAAAGAUAUCCUCUCCAAUCCAAGGAAAAGCAGCAUUAAAAACAAUUAGUCUGACAGGACCGAGCAGUCCGGAGACAGACACACAAAUUUCUCUCCAACAAAACAGGAGCCCUCGAGUACCAAGAGUAGCAAGAAAGCCAUCAUCACCAUCACUUUCUCCCUUAAUGGGGUUUGGAAGUAAGAAAAAUGCGAAGAAAAUUAAGAUUGACCUUAAAAAAGGUCCUGAAGGACUUGGCUUUACUGUGGUUACCAGGGAUUCCUCAAUACAUGGUCCUGGUCCUAUUUUUGUUAAAAAUAUUUUACCAAAAGGAGCAGCAGUGAAAGAUGGCCGCCUACAAUCUGGGGACAGAAUUUUGGAGGUUAAUGGCAGAGACAUUACUGGUCGAACUCAGGAAGAACUUGUAGCCAUGCUGAGGAGCACUAAACAAGGAGAGACCGCCUCUCUUGUCAUUGCUCGUCAAGAAGAAAGCUUUCUGCCCCGUGAACUGAAAGGAGAGCCUGACCACUGCUAUGUGCUGUCCCUUGAGACUCCAGAGCAGCUGACCUUUGAGAUCCCUCUCAAUGAUUCAGGGUCUGCCGGACUUGGAGUAAGCUUAAAAGGGAACAAAUCCCGAGAGACAGGAGCUGACUUGGGGAUUUUCAUCAAGUCUAUAAUCCAUGGAGGUGCUGCUUUUAAGGAUGGGCGCUUACGAAUGAAUGACCAGCUAAUUGCAGUAAAUGGUGAAUCUCUUUUGGGCAAGUCUAACCACGAAGCUAUGGAAACUCUUAGAAGAUCAAUGUCUAUGGAAGGGAACAUACGUGGGAUGAUCCAGUUGGUGAUUUUGAGACGACUAGACAGACAGACAGAGGAUCGCUCUGACUAUGGGCUUUUUCCCAAGCCCUCUCUUGAGAGCUGUCAACAUUUUGUCACCACUUCCAGGCGUCACGAGCCCAACCCACAUCCAUUUCUCACCUAUAGCCCACAGGAGAGGCAAAAAGAACUGCUACUUUCAGAUACUGACUGGGCUGAGAAUGACAUCCCACCACCUUUACCACCACAUCCCAGUCUGGAAUUGGACCCUGAAGAUUAUAAUCACAGUUCAGUAGUGGAUUCAGCAGUAUAUUGUACAGAUCAGCAAAUAAACUUCAGAUCCCUGACACCAGCCAAGCAGCCUGAAUCAAUUAAUCUGAAAGCCUCAAAGAGCAUGGAUCUUGUGCCAGAUGAAAGUAAAGUUCAUUCAUUGGCUGGACACAAAUUGGAACCAACUGCCAAAGAUUUUGGUCCUACUCUGGGUUUGAAAAAGUCCAGUUCACUGGAGAGUUUGCAAACAGCCGUAGCCGAAGUGAGAAAGAAUGAUCUCCCUUUCCAUAGACCUCGGCCACAUAUGGUGCGUGGGAGAGGAUGUAAUGAGAGCUUUAGAGCUGCCAUUGACAAAUCUUAUGAUGGACCUGAAAACUUAGAGGAAGACGGUCUGUCUGAUAAGAGUUCUCGCUCUGGUCAAGGAGCUCUGAAUUGUGAAUCUAACCCUCAGGGGAAUGCUCUGCUAGAGGAUAUAGAAAAUAAGGCCAAGAAGGACAAGAAAAAUAAAGACAAGGAGAAGAAAAAGGAAAAGGGCAAAUUGAAAGUCAAGGAGAAAAAACGGAAAGAAGACAGUGAGGAUUCAGAGAAAAAAGUUAAGAAGAAAGGGUUUGGUGCCAUGUUGAGGUUUGGGAAGAAAAAAGAGGAUAAAGGUGGAAAAAAUGAGCAGAAGGGAAACCUAAAGCAAGGCAUACUGCAAGAAGAGCUAGAAAAAAUGAAGGAAGAAGGUGAAAGAAUUGGAGCAAAACACCAGGAGCUGCGAGAAAAACAGGCAAGAGGGCUUAUUGAUUAUUCCACUGGCCUCAUAGGAACCCUUCAUGAUAUGGAUGAUGAUGAAAUGGAUCCUAAUUAUGCCCGAGUGAACCAUUUCCGGGAUACUUACGUACCAGCCGGUGUCUACAGGUCAUCAUCACCACCGAGGAUAGGGACAUUGGGCUACCUACGGGAUGGACCUCCACUGUCUCUAGAGAAGGAUCCCUUGGAGGGGCUUUAUGCAAAGAUCAACAAGCCCUACCAUCCUCAGACUCUUGCUGACAGUGGCCGUCCUACAAGUGGAAGUGCAGACCGGAUCCAGAAAUUACGGAAGGAAUAUCACCAGGCUAGGCGAGAAGGCUUCUCCUUAUAUGAAGAUGAGGAAGUUCGAGCAAGGCCUUCUGACUAUGAACAGCACUGGGUGUCUGGAAAAAGUCCAGAUGGGAGUUCACACAACCUCCGCUUUGAGGGGAUGGAAAGACAAUGUGCAUCCUUACCCAGGAGAGGACCUACAGACCCAACAGAUUACCUAACGGGACCUCGGCUGAUUUACAAGGAAAGGGAACUUCCUUAUUACCCAGGGGUGCAGCCCCUCCAUCCUCCCAAAGGAAGCUAUCCCCGGGCCCAGGAGGCGAGGGCACCGGAGCUGCGCUAUCCUCAGUACUACCCAGCCCCUCUGGCCUCACACCACAAAGGACCCUACCGACACGACGUCCCGCCGUCACCACCUCAGCACCCCCGAGUGCCGGCCUAUCACGAGCUAGGCACGACAGCUCAGCGGGCCAACAGCCCCGAACAGUACCCCUAUCGGGCCCAGGACCCCCGGCAGAAGAACCCCAUGACCGCGGCCGUGUAGGGGCCCCCCACCAUCAGCACAGCCUCCCACAAAGGACUUCUGCAGCUGCCUCAUUUUUCCCCUCUCAGUCCCGCCAAGUCUUCUUGGCUAUAAAAUUAUCCAUGAACUGGAACCAUCCUUUCUGCCGCAGGUACAGAUUAGGUUCUUCUUGCUGAGGAAAUCACUUCAGGCCAAUCAGAGGGGAAAGGAAGGUACAAUAUGUCUGAUCAGGCCAUGAAAACAGGAGUUACUACAUUAAAAUGCUUU